AUGCGACUUCUCCUUUAUUCGGCAUUGAGCUUGGUCGUGCUCUGCCUGUUGGGUGGAGCCUCCGCUUUGCCCAACAACAGGCACGCCAAAGCUCCAAGGCCUUCGAAGCCGUAUCCGUCGAAAGCGUUUCCCUCGAAAACGUAUGGUCAUCGUUUUCCGGGACCGUCCAAGGUCCAUGGGCCUCAUUUCCCGACACCAUCCAAGGUCUACACGAAACGGUGGUCAAAGCCAACCGGGUUCUACGGAGCUCAUGCGGCACGCCCCUCAAAGGCGUUCCACACUCCUUACGCCAAACCUUCCAAAACUCAUGAUGGCGGAGCCAAACCCUCCAAAACUCACGAUGGCAAAGCCAGACCUUCAAAAACUCAUGGUGCUCCCCGACCCAGCCCAUCCAAGCGGGAGUCCCGAACCACUUCGGACAGCUACACCCUUGUUAAAAGGGACCAGCUCCGUCUUGUUGACGAGGAUAUCUCCGAUGAGCUCUGUCCCUUCAGCUUGACUGUCUGCCCCCUGACUUCCCAUUCCCGCCCAACCUCACUUACCGGGUGGAUUCAGGAGGGGUUCGAGUGCGUGGACACGGAGUCGGAUUUGAACUCCUGUGGGGGUUGUGGCACUGUCAAUCAGACCCACGAUUGUACCACUAUCCCUGGAGCUGUUGGAGUGUCUUGCAUGACAGGUAGCUGCCGUGUUGACUCUUGCCAGCCCGGAUACAAUCGGACCAGCAACGGCAAGACUUGCGUGCGGUCGCAGUGAGACGCAUCUGCUUUGAAUAGUACAGCCCCACAAACCUAGAUUCUAACAUCCAUCGUGGGUGGAGGGACCGACGCUUGCCCGGUCACAUUGCAAGCGUAUAGCUGUCUUUAUUGGCUGAACAAUUUUUCCCCUUCUCCCUUAAAUUAGAACGAUUGCUCUGCCUCGCGUAGUUCUCUUUUGAUGAACGGGUCGUUUUCUUUCCUGUCCGAACUUUUUAGAUAGCGUUUUCUAUGACUUUCAAACCUUCCUAGUCUGUUUUGUAUGAUUGAAGCGAAAAUGACACAUUUACAAGGGCGAAAUUUCCUGUCCACUCAGCUGGCGUUUGUGAAUUGAGUUUUACCUUCGUUCUGCGUUCAAUUCUAUUGAAUUCAAA